AUGAUAAGAACAGUAGAUGAUUAUGACUAUCUCUUCAAAAUCAUAUUGAUAGGAGACUCAGGCGUAGGUAAAUCAAAUAUCUUAUCAAGAUAUACUAGGAAAGAAUUCAAUCUCGAAUCCAAAACUACAAUUGGUGUAGAGUUUGCCCAGAAGAAUAUCAUAAUCGAUGGAAAAACAGUAAAGGCACAGAUUUGGGACACUGCAGGUCAGGAAAGAUACAGAGCAAUUACAACUGCUUAUUAUAGAGGUGCUGUAGGCGCAUUGCUUGUAUAUGACAUUUGCAAAGAGAGUUCUUUUCAAAACCUAGACAAGUGAUUUGGAGAACUUCGAGAGCACGCUGAUACACAAAUAGUUAUCAUGCUUAUUGGCAACAAGUCUGACCUUAAACAUUUGCGAGCAAUCAAAACAGAGGAUGGGGCAAGGUACGCUCAGCAACAUAAAAUUGCUUUUAUUGAGACUUCAGCUUAUGAUUCAUCUAACAUUGACUUGGCUUUUGAAAGAAUCUUGAAUGAAAUUUUUCAAAUUACUGUUAGGGUAGGCACUGGAGGAGCAUUUGGGAGACCUUCAAUUGGACCCAGCAGAAGGAUUGAUGCGAGAGAUGAAAAUAUUGUUGUAACAAAUGAUAAUCAAAAUAAAAAGAAAAAAGAUUCAGGCUGCUGUUAA